GUGGUUUUUGGUUAACUAAACGACACAAUGUUCCGUAUGCUGCUGAUUGCCGCCUUUCUGGUUGUUAGUGUGCACGCCUACUCAGAGGGCGCACCGAAGGCUGCCUGCCGUGAUCUAACUCCACAGCACGGAGCUGAGCUGCAGACCAAGAAGCCGCCAUAUAGCUUCUCCGGCCCCUCGCAUGUGCGUGGCGAUCAGAAGCUGACAUUGACUCUAGGCGGUGAUGAGUUCCUAGGCUUCCUGAUUCAAGCACGCGAUGGUCAGAAUCGUGUGGUGGGUCAGUUCAAGGUGGUGGACACUCAACACUCCCAAACCCUGGACUGCUCGGGACCUGAAGAUUCACUGACCCAUCUGAAGGCCGUCAAGGGCAGCCCUCUGAGCGGUGUCACCUUUGACUGGAUCCCACCAGCAGGCUAUAAGGGCAAUGUUAAAUUCAUGGCAACUGUGGUGCAAACUGGCUUCGUCUACUGGGUGGGUCGUGUCACCAAGGACAUUGAUGUGGAGUAAAGUAGAUUGUUUUUCAAAGUUCUAUUAACGGUUUUGUUUUCUAAAUGUGCUCUCGUUGUUUUUUCUAAUUUCUCUUUUAUUUUGUCCAUUUGAAGGCUAAUGGAAUUUUUGUGAUAAAUAUUUCAUGAUUUAUGUACAUGUUUGAACUUGUUCUUAAUCACAUGCCAGUGUUGGAAAACAGUA